AUGUGUUUGGGGAAGCAAGCUGGGGCCCAUUUUUCAUCUAACGCGUUUCCAGGUCUCUUCGAGUCCCCGCCUCUUGAUGCUUGUCCAAAUCUUUACUUAUAAUGUACCUGUAUC